CCCCUCCCCUCCCCCUUGAAUGCCGCCGGGCAGCCAGGCGGAAGCUGCCGCGACCAUUUUGAAAAAGAGGAGCAGCGACAGCAGCGCCAAGGACCAUGGACAAGGGCCACACAGUGAAGCUCUUUGUGGGCAACCUAGCGCUGGACGCCACCCAGGAGGAGCUGUCGUCCAUCUUCGAGCCGUACGGCCACGUGGUGAGCUGCAGCGUGCUGCGACAGUUCGCCUUCGUGCACCUGCAGGGCGAGGGCGCUGCCGAGCGCGCCAUCCGAGAGCUGAACGGCCGCGAGUUCCGCGGGCGCAACCUGGUGGUGGAGGAGUCGCGGGGGCGUCCGCUGCACUCCACCAAAGUCUUUGUGGGCAACCUGAGUGGCAUGUGCACCACCGAGGACCUCCAGCAGCUCUUUCAGACUUUUGGCAAAGUUCUGGAAUGUGACAAAGUCAAAGGCUACGCCUUUGUGCACAUGGAGAACAAGGAAGACGCGCUGCAGGCCAUCGAGGCGCUCCACGGCACCUCCUUCAAGGGCCGCCCGCUUUCUGUGGAGCUCUCCAAAGUACAGCCCAGCAAGCAGACCCCCACCGGCAAGAUCCCGUGCGUCAACUGCGGCAAGCAGGGCCACUACGCCGGCGAGUGUCCCGUGGGCAAGCCCACCCUGGAGCAGUACCAAAGUCAGGCGGCCGUCUUGGCCGCCGCCGCCGCGGCCGCCGCCGGCCUGCCCCUCCAAGUGCAGCAGAGCGUGCACAACUCGGUGUACAACACGUCCACCUUUGAUCCCACGUACGCCGCCCUCACCGGGAUCACCACGGGCACCCGCACCGACGGCAACCCCGUCAACCCGGCCGUCUACGGCGCCCUGGCCAGUCAGGUGUACGGCGCCAACGUGGCCAAUCAGCUGUACGGCUCGGUGGCCAACCAGGCCGCGCUGACGUCGGGGGCCGCUCAGGUCUACAGCUCGGUGGCGCCCAACCUCUACGGCCAGGUGGCGGCCAAUGCCGCCGCCUCGGCUUACACCACGCCCGUUUACACGCCGGGCAUGGCCAACCCCAUCUACCUAACGGCGGCGCCGGGGCUAGAAAUGCAGUCGGCGGCGGUCAACCCCGCCUACACGGUGGCGCCGGCGAUAUCGCCCGCCUACGCUCACAUCACCGCCAUGGGCGCCGCCGACCCCACCACGGCCAUCUUUGAAGCGGCCAGACAGGCCCAUUAUUUCGCUCAAGGCCAGCAAGUGAUGGCCGAGCAGCAGGCGGCGGCGGCGGCGGCCAAGUCUAGCGAACGGGACCGCAGCCCGCUCCGACGGACUGCUCCCCUCCUGCCGGACCCCAUCAUGAAGCCUUUCAUUUACCAGCGCUCCAAACCGCGGCGCUCCCUGCUCCCGACACCUGCUGGCCGCGCCGCAGAGGAGGCGGCGUCAGAGGCGACUGAGGACCACGUGGCAAGAUACUAUGCUGACUACUACCAGCAGUUGCAGCAGUACCCUCACUUCCAGUACGCCUACCCCUCCCCCGGGGCCGUCACCGCCUUCUCGGCCAUGUCCGGCCAGCCCGUGGCCGCGCUGGAAGCCCUCAGGCCAGUGGUCCCUGCCGCCGCCGCCACCGCAGCGGCCGUGGCCGCAGCCAUUGCUACGCCCAGGGUGUAUGAGCCGCCGUUGCCGCCGACCACGCGCAAGGAGUCCAUCCUCCGCCGCCCCGAACUCUCCCUUCACACGCCUGAGCCCCCCUUCCGAUAGUCUGCCCUUUCUCCCCCACCCCACCCUUCCUUUGCGGGCUGUUUUUGUGUCUGAUGGGCGGGGCUAUUAACCUGCUUGGCCAGCCGUCGUCACGCGGUGCAGCCCCUCCCUCCCUCCCUCACCUGUCGGCCACCUUCUGCUCUUGUCGUGCCAGUCGCCGAGACCACGCGCCCGCCGCUCUCUGCAAAGUUUGCGAUGUUGAGCUUUUUCAACUUGGCGGCUGAACUUGAUUUGACCUCGAAAGUUUGGCUUUCAGAUGUAACUUGACUUAACCCCACCGUUAUUUGCAACUGGCCAAGACCUUCCCAAAAAUACUUUCACGAGGUCCAAUGAAGCGCAGCCGCAACGCAACGUACAUUCGAGGCCCGUCCUGAAACGUCACCCGAAAGCUCAACGUAGCCAACUUUGUGAGAGGUGACCUUUGACCUUUUUCUCUUGUGCCAGUAGCGAGCCGCCUGCGCGACUCGCCUUCAAAGUCCGUUUAUGGACCACUCGCCAUUCUUCUGUGUGUGUUCGAGUGAUGUCGGAGGGAGGGAGGGAGGGAGGGAGGGGGCGGAGUCUUAGUUGCCUUAUAUGAAUUAGCUCAGUCAAGAUGAACAUUGCGACGAUGUGGAAGCACACGCGAGCCGUACUUCAACUUUUGUGUUUCUCCCCCAACGCCUGCUGUCGUCAUUGCAACGUGGGAAUUUUUUUUUUUUUUUUUGGAACAGCAGCCUACCUCCUCCCCUCCGUUAUUCUUAAGUGACGUCUUUUUGUUUGUUACUGCCGUGCAUGUCGACUUGUGGGACUCCGCCACUUUUGACAUUCACCGUUGGGGGCGGGGCUUCACGUUCAUUUCCACACAUGGGCGAUAUCAAGAUUUUGUGACUCCAGCGAUCCUUUUUUUUUUUGCAAAAUGAACCUUUUGACAGCUGCACAUAGACACGCACCACAAUCGCCCUACUGCCUUGCUGCCCCCCCCCCCCCCCCCCCCCCCCCCCCCCUUUCUGGUGGUCACAGUGUAAUCUUGUGGUUGCAUCCUUUGUAGAAUUUGGUGUCCACAUUUUUUGUGUCUUGUUUUAUGGAGGGCAUGCUCGCUCGGAUUGACACGUGUAUCCAAACUUGAAUAAACCUUCUCUGGAUGUUUAGUGCUGACUAAAGGAACACAAAGCUUGGGCCCAUGUGCGCUUGGUCUUCUUCUUCCUCCUACGCCUCGUCUUCUUCAUGCGGGGUGGGUGGGGUUCGCCACGGUGUGUUUGUGUGUUGACUGUGCAUGAUGCCACCGGCCCGCCAUGUCCGCCCACCCCCCACUAACUGUGUCAACUGAAUUAGGUCACCUGGACGGCGGCGUGGGCGGCGUGGAUGACUUUUUAGCGUGACGUCAAGUCGCCACCAAGGUAAACCAACCGAGCUUUUGCCCCCCCAUCUCCCUUUGCCUUGUCCCCGAGACUGCCCCAACCAUCACCACAAACACACACACACUUCCUCCCUCUCUCCCUCCCUCCCUCCCCCCUUUUCUGGGGGCGGGCUGAAACCCACCUCCAGUCUCAGCCGCUGCCUCGUUUUGCAACAAUGGACACACCGAGCCGCUCGUUCCCCUGGCCGAAAGCCGAUACCGUUCCGCCGCAUUCGCCGCCCUCGCACCCCCCCUUCACCCCCACACUUCCAGCCGCCGUUUACACACCGUCCUUUUUUUUUCCCGCCGCUACCGCCGCCGCCCCCCCCCCCGGAUGGGAAUGCCGACUCAGCUCUGCCGGAUCCUCGCGCUGCCUUGUACCUUGUUGCCGGGAGGGAGGGGGGGGGAUGAGGGAAUGUGAGUGAGUGAGUGAGUGAGUGAGUGAGUGAGUGAGUGAGUGAGUGAGUGAGUGAGUGAGUGAGUGAGUGAGUGAGUGAGUGAGUGAGUGAGUGAGUGAGUGAGUGAGUGAGUGAGUGAGUGAGUGCAGCAUCCAGGUAGAGUGAACCCCUGUUUAGCGUGGCAGGCAAAUCCCAAAAUACCAUGUCGAGAUUCGUUGGAGUGGGCACGA